AUGUCAGAAGAAACAUCACAGAAUCAUCUCAUUUCUACGGCCAUGUCAAGCCUAAGAACGAUAUUGUCGUCAACAUGGACUCAGAUUGGAGCAACAAUCAACAAUAAUUUACCGCCCGAAACUCGAGAACAAAUAAAGCAGAACCUGGACUUAUUUGCACGAUCACGUCCCAUACUUGCUACGCUGGUACUCUCACAACUCGCAUUGUCAGGAAUCCCACUACUCUUCUUCAUUUCUCUGACCGCCGGCAUAUUUAUCUUCAAUUUGGUCACUGCUCUCCUCUUGAGUGUCCUUGGUGCCUUGAUGGUCACUCUGUUUUGUAUGGGCUUGGGUUCAUUGAUUCUUAUUCCGACCUUGUUUGUCACUACGCUCACGGCGGGCGGGAUAUGGCUUUGGGGUUGGGGGUUGUAUUAUGCUGUUCAAUGGAUUGGAAGUGGUGAUAUGACUAGGCUUAGCUUGUUGCUCAGUCCUCAGAGACAGGAGAAGGUUGAUCGUGAGGAUGGACCCAAGCAAGAUGAGGAUGAAACGCGAGCCACAGUCUACAACAAUGCUCUCAAGGCUCCCGUGCAAGACAACCAGCGAGACUCGCAGAUUCAAAGGAAGAAAGACAAGGAUUUGAAUACGCAGGUGUCCACAGAAUCUAAUAUCUUGAGAAACCGAUCAUUGGGCUAUAAGCAUGCGAUUUUUCAACAUGAGUCAUAUUCUGGACCAAGUAAGCAGACAAGCGACAACAGAGCUACGGAGGUUAUACUCCGUAACUGCUCUGUAGCAAGUUAG